GGUGUUUCUUUGAACACCACUGAAACACGGGGCUUUCCCACGCCAGAAAGUGUGGCUUUUAAAACAUUCAAACUGUUUUGUUAUUCGCUGGUUUUCCUCUUGGGCGUCAUUGGUAACAUGCUGGUGUUUCGCAUGGUCGUAAAGAGAAGAAAACUUCGAACUGUUGGUAAUGUCUUCAUUUGCAAUCUCGCUGCCGCCGAUAUCGCCGUCUUAACCGUAAAUCUUCCAAUUCGCUUGGCAUACCAAGAAAACUCGUAUAUAUGGCCGUUUGGUGCCUUUUUAUGCAAAAUAAUACCAAUGUUAACGUAUCUUUUUAUAACCGCUUCGUCUGCAACUCUAGUACUUAUGACAAUUGACCAAUACCGAGCUAUAGCAGUUCCGCUGGGGCGUCGAUUUACUGUCAAAAUUACAAAAAUAGUGAUUUUUUCCAUUUGGGUGUUUUCUGCCCUUAUAACUCUGCCGUUUAACUUCGCGUUAAAGCUGGUUGAACAAGAAAGAGGCCUAGUAUGCACGGAUGUCUGGCCAAGUCUGGAUUUUGAACGUUUUUAUUUUCUCUGUCUAUUCGUGGUACAGUUUAUUAUUCCGAUGACUAUCAUAAGUUCUUGUUAUAUUCUUAUUUGUAACCACCUUCACUCGAGCUCAAGACUUGACCACAUUACUUCAACCAAGCAACGGAACAAAAAGGUACGUAAAAACAAAAACAGUUAAACAAUAAUAUAUCGUUCAACUGUUAUUUUAACGUAGAUUUUUUCUCCUUUUUUACCACUGAGUGAUUUUGUAUUUUUUUACGGUCUAUAAUAAAAUGCCACAGGAGUUCACACCUUGCAGGAACCACAAAAAUUUAAUUUAUUCGAAAUUAAAUUAAAUUUUUUUCCACCUCGUCAAAAAGUAAUUGAUUGAUCGUCGAAAUUUGAAAUUUCUACAAUUCAGGGAAAUAUAGGCGAGCUGAGAAUUAAGCGACAAGAACAAUAAUUGCCUCGUUUACCCACUCUCAACUUCAAGAAGACGGUUUUACAAAUGCAGCUGAUAUUGGUUUAAUUGUUUAAAGGCCUUAUUUUUUAAAAGAAUAUAUAUAAUGCAGCCUAACUAGACUUUAUCCAAAAAGGACAUUACCAUGGUAACAAGACAUGUAUAGCUAGCUAGAUGUUUAUCUUUUCACGAAGCCCCUUUAUCACUAAUUCGUGGGGCUGGAAAAUAUAUGCAGAAAUAACUAGUCAGUCAUAUUAUGAACUGAAAUCUAUUUACUUAGCUAAAAAUAAAAUAUUGUUAUGUAUAUAAAAGCAUUGUCGCUGCUAGACUGUUUGUAAAUAAAGAUGAUUAGCUGUAAAGUUGACCGAUUAUCAAAAGAGCUGAGGCACUGAGCUACCCGGCAAAAACAGAUUCAAGAGUGACCUACAAAACUAAGAUGUCGGUAUCUUAGCCCUUUGUGUCGAAAUUUUUCUGUUGUAAAAUAUUUCAGUCGUAAGAUCGUUAAUGACUGAUCGAAUAUAAUCAUAAGCUGUUUUGCUGUUUUUUUUUUGUUAUUGAAUCGUUCGACGGUGAAAUAACUCUAGUUACGCGCUUAGUGGUCUUCAUUUGCUUAGCCAAAUCACGGCAAUAGUUUGAAGUUUAUCAUUGGCCCGGUAACUCUAACAGAUUUUUUUUUUUACAUUACUAUCGUGCAUAAAGAGUCAUUACCGCUUGUGAGUAAGUGAUUGAAAUUGUAUCACAGGCCUGAAUACUGACUUGUAGUCUCUUUCCUCAUGGUUUGGUUUUAAAUGAUUGCCACUGUGUUACAAGAAUUUACGAUCGGCGAUCCCGGAAAAAAAGUAGUUGGGAAGGUUGUACAACUUAACAUUAGUUUAUUUUAGUCUUCAAAAAAUAUGCUUUUCCCUUUGCUAAAUACCCCCCUUCCACCCUAUUCAAUGUUGAGACAUAACAGAACAAUUACAAACACUUCGGGACCAGUUAUGUCAACGGAGUUUAGCCAAAACCGCGUCCAAGUUCACUUUCAGCUUGCCGAAAGACGUAGACAAUAAAAAAUUAUUUAUCUUCUUAAAAUAACCCACUAAGGAUGAGAUCUGGAGGUUUCCUAAAGCGCGGUUUUAGUUUAAAUAACUGAAAUUUAGGGUUUGUCCAAUAUUGGGCCAGGGGCGAAUGGACUGACAAGAAAAAAAAAGAGGUAAAGAGUUACAGCAGCCUUCCCAACACUUUUGAUGAUAAUUGUAAGCCUGUUUUGGCUGAUUACCUUACUUGUCUGUGACGAACCAAAUUUACCAAGAGUGCUUACCAUUUACACAAACCACCCAGGUUGAAGUCAGCUUGAGCAUAAUCAUAAGAAUAAACAACCCGCUACAAAGUUCAUCCACAUCGCACGUAUUACAUUACUUCAAAUCACAGCCCAUAUUUUCUGAAGCUUUCCAAACGGGAGUGCGCUAACCAUUUGAUUUCUAACCGGAAUUUCCGGUUCUCUCUUGUUAAUGGUAAGUACCCCAAAUGAACUAAGUCGAUGAAUAAAUGGGCUUAAUUAAACUUAUUGGAUAUAUUGUUGUUUAAUUUUUCCCGUGCUGAGAUCUCUAGCAAGACUAUAUUUUAAAUUUCUUUUCGGUCUAAAUCAGUUUGUGAAUAGUCAAGCUUCUUCAGGAUCAUACCCUGCCGCUUCUCUGAGAUCCUUUGAGACCGAGGAACAUAAAAGAAAUAACGGAUGACUACUUGAAGUUGUGUGAAUGUUCAACAUCGUUGGUAUAUAUUUUUCAGGUAAUUAAAAUGCUCGUGGUUAUCGCUGCCGUUCACGCGGUAUUCACUCUACCCUAUCACGUGACUUGGUUGUUAAGCGUGUUUGGUUAUCCAGACUUUGUUGCUAAGAAACUGUGUGUCCUCCUCGUCAUGGCAACAAGUGCCGCUCAUCCAAUCAUCUACGGUACACUCAACCAGGAGUUCGCAAAAGGAUUUAAGGCAUUCUUCAGGUGCGCGAAGGAGACAAAAAGGUACAAAACUGCAAAGGAAGAAAAUUUUAAAACCUGCACGGUCCUCAAUAGCAGUGGGCGUACG